AUGCUGGAUCUGGUCAGCAGGGACCUGUUCAGUGGAGGUGCUGAGCACUGCAGGGAGAUGUCAGGAGAAAUGCAUGUUAUCGAGGGCCCUGUGGACAGCUGGGAUGGCCCAGUGGUGUUCAAUGGCCCAGUCAAAAGUGGACAAAGCAGGUGUUUGGAUGGACCUGGGAGAUCUUGCUCAGAGAUUCUGACAGGACAAAGUGUAUAUCCCAUGGAGUCACCAGGAUCAAAGUGGGUAACAGUCAUGUAUGCAUAUGUUGGCAGCCCCGCCAGCUGGUCUGGCCCUGGACGUGCCUUCAGGGUCUGGUUAUGCUUCAUGACCUGCAUUGUGGUCAGUGCCAUUUUGCAGACUCUGAUCACAGUGAAACGUUCCAUGGGAACUUGGGCCAUGAGAAACAUCCCUCCUAACCACGUGACUGCAGAAACAUCCUUAUCGCAUCCUCCUGGGCAAAGGCCCAACAGCCUGACUGCAGGGACAUCCUUGCCAUAUCCUGCUGGGCAGCAAGCUCUACCGCCCAGAUCCCUCCCUCCCAGUCCCAUGAUUACCCCAGCCUGUGAGCGGCAGUUGGUGCUGGCACUAAGCUGGUUUCCCCCUCCCCAGGGUUUUGCUGGCAAUAAAGAUGUUGCUGUUGAAGCCACCAACUGUCUCUGUCUUUCUUUAACCCUCGCCUUGCCUUCCAAGCCUAAUAAUAACUCUACCCUUCCAUUUUACCAAUGA